AUGAAGGGAAUUGAAAAUUUAUAUUAUGUGGAAAGCAGUCUUUUGGAAAUUGGUUCAUCAUCCUCGACAGAGUCGGAACGCGAGAACGCACCAUCGGUUCUGGAGCAGUUGGGCAAAAAGCAGAAGGAGAAGAAACGACAUAAACCAAAGGGCUCAGAUCGAACGUGCACAACUUGCGGGAUUUCGUUGUGUGAUUGCGUGGACGCAUGGCUUGAGGUGCUUGGCCCGAGAAGCACAUACUGCUCAAUGGAAUGUGUUGAGAAGCAAGUGGAGAAGGCGAAAGCGGUGAUUGAAGAUCAGUCAGCUAGAGUGAUGCUUUUGGAUCGUUCCGGAACGAUGCUGAACGGUCCGUCGGCACCGAAACUUGUUGAUUUGUUGCAAUUCUUACGUGAACAUCCCGAAUUCGCACCCGUGCUGCCGUCAUCUCAGCUCUCUCCGAAAAAGUCGCAGCAGCACUUCCAAACCGGUUCUUCAAAAGGCGGCGACUCGGAAAACAAGCAGCAGCAGCAGCGGAACGUGUCAGCGAACAAGUCGGAAAAAUUAAUCUCCAAAGAGAACGACCAACGUCGUCUUCAAGUCCGUCGUGCCAUCUGCGAGAAACUUCUCGUAAGGGCGAAAAAAACCACAGAUCUGGCAUUCACACAACAAGAACUGAAAGCACUUUCGCAACGAAUCGAAGAGGAGCUAUUCAGACAGUGUCGACAUUCCGUCUCGGGCAAGUAUCGGUCAUGGUUUAGGCAAUUUCUGAUUUGUGUAACGGAUGAAACGAAUAAAGGUGAUUUUUCUUCGCUUUUUUUACUUUUCAUUUUUCAAAAUUUUAGUUUUUUUCGUUUUAUCCGGUUUUUUUUGUUGUUAACUUUGUUCACGUGGACGUGA